GGCAGCAGGCAGAUUCUCGCACAGCCCUGGGCUCGCCAUUGAAAGAACGCCAAAAUGUGCCCUGGCUGAGUUACGAGAGCCCAGUAGCCCUACAGACCUCGCUCGGCCAACACUAGCAAUCUGAGAUAAGCGCUAACAUGCUACAUCGACCUGCUGCAAUAGUAAGAAUCAUCCGGGAUAUUGUGGGAGGCCUUCAAUCCAAGCGAUCUUGACCCAUUGUCUCUUCUCCCAUUGCAGAAUUGAAGGUCGCACAGAAACAGGCGCUGCCUUGGCUGGAGACUUGAAGCAGCCCUUCCGGAAGAUCGUCUCGCCUCAUAGGACUGCGAUGAAUCUGCUGCGUCAAUUUACUAAGAAAAGGAUCUGAGGCUGUCUGUGGGACUCGUUUCCAAUGGUCCAUCCGUAAUUUGCGUCAAACUAGGUGUCUGGAAGGUAUAAUAAUACACCUCACAUCGUCCGUACACCAGAGUCGCCUUUCCCAGUCUCAGUCCAUCGUGGUGAUCCCGGAGAGCAGGUCUUCAUUGCUGUAUCCAAUCCACCAUGUUGUCUCGCUUUCCACCUGUUGCUUCGGCCGUGGCAGGUCUUUCUGUUCUUGCCUUGACUGCUACCGCUACUGCAGUACCCAGGCAGGAUGCCGGAACAUCGCCCUGUGCCCUUGUGAAAAGUCAGAUUGAGUCAGCGUCGAAUAAUGACGCGUCUUCUCCUGUCGUGAUACCUGGCCAGCUGGCGCAGGAUUGCCUCCUGUCCAUGCCAUUCAACUCCACAUUGGCCGUUGACUUUCUCCACGAAAUUUGGAAGUACUUUGAGUUCCAGUCGACCCUCGAGCUUCUGAAAGAUCCCCCACCCCAAUAUAAUGCCGACCCGGUAGACUUCGUCGGGUGGUUCGAGAGCAUCGGUGACCGGGCUUCGAAGGGUCAAUUCGACAGCCAGUAUGAAUUCGAUCUAGAACUUACCCACCUUGUCCGGUCAGCGAACGAUGGCCACUUUUAUAUUCAACCGUGCUCGACAGCGAUAUUCUCUUUCACUGUGCCGGGUGCUUUGGUUUCGGUUUCGGAUGAUGGGACGACUAUUCCCAAGAUUUGGUUGCUCGAUGAUCUUGUGCAAAAGGAUUCGGGUGCCAAAGUAUCUGCUGUAGCAAAGAUUAAUGGCCAGAAUGCAUCUGAUUUCGUGCAGACACUUGCCCUGCUCCAGUCAAACCAGGACUAUGAUGCGCAGUAUGGCAUUCCUUUCGACGAUUUUUUUAAUUCAUUUUUUCCCCACCAAGGCAGCAGGACUGACAGAUUGAUGCUCCAUGAGCAUAGGUACAAUUCGAUGUUUUACUCUCCUGCAAAGUAUAUUUUGCCCAUGGAUAAAUUCAGCGACUCGUGGUCCACGCUUGGAUAUUGGCCCAAUGCGUCCUCCUUCCAGUUUACGUUUGAGAAUGGCUCACAGUGGCGGACAGAUACUUUUGCCAAAGUCUCCGGGUCUAAGUUCUCGGCCACCGAUGGUGAUGAACUAUUUGAACUCGUCUGCGUUAAUCACGCCGCCUCCGGCGACGACUCUGAAGAUACAUCCGAUGAUUCAUCUGUUAUCGCAACAGAAGCCAGCGAAGGCCCCGCUGGAUAUCCUGAACCGGUCGUUCGAGAUCCUUAUAACUUUCUUGUGGGUUAUUAUCUUUCGGGUCCCGGUCUGGACGAUGUUGCCGUUAUGCAGAUUCCCACCUUUGAGGUCGUGGGAGGCCUUGCCUAUGGAGAUGGAGCUCUACCUCUCGAUGAGCCUGCGACUUUCGCCCAGAGUGCAGUUGACUUUAUCAGGAAUGCCACUCUCGAUGGAAAGACGAAGAUGGUCAUCGACGUGUCUGCUAACGGUGGUGGUGAUGUCCUGUCCGGCUAUGAUCUGUUCCAUAUCUUCUUCCCACAGACUCCUCUCUACUCUGCCACUCGCUUCCGUUCACACGACGCCAUAAAUUACAUGGGACAAGCGCUGGCAACAGUGAAUGAAAGCCAGCCUGAAUUGUUCCAAUUGAACAUUGCCCUCGGUUCCCAGGUCAAGCCUGACCAGAAAACCCACUUCGCCACCUGGGAGGACAUGUACGGACCAUAUCUGCUUCAUGAAAUCCCCUCCUCCGCAUUGUAUGCCACCUUCGACUUCAACUUGGUAUCAGACGCUAAUGAGCCCGUUGUCGGCUACGGCGGUGUCCCCCUUCCCUUUUCAAAGCCACCGUUUGCUGCCGAGGAUAUUGUGAUCCUCACCGACGGAUUCUGUGCCUCCACAUGCACCGUAUUCGUCGAGCUCAUGAAGACGCAAGGUGUCCGAUCCAUUGCCUUUGGCGGCCAGCCGGAACUCGGCCCCAUGCAGGCAAUUGGUGGCGUCAAGGGAGGACAGUCCAUUAGCCAGGGCUACAUCGUCGAGAUGACCGAAAGUGCAUUUGAGAUCAUUGAGAACAGCUCCACCCCAAUCCUUUCCGACAGUGACCUGGAACACUUCAAGUCUAUCGCCCCAAUCCCACCAACAGAAUUCCCAUUGAAGUUCUACGGUAUGGGAGUCAAUUUCCGCAGUGCCUUCCGCGAAGAAGAUACCACCCUCCCUCUGCAAUUUAUCUAUGAGGCGGCCGAGUUCCGUCGGUUCUACACGGCGGACAACAUCCUAAAGCCCGAAACGACCUGGAUCGACGCAGCCAAUGUCGCUUUCAACGAUGGCUUGCCUGUUCCCGGGUCCACGGAUGGACCGGGCAGCUUGACUGACGUUGUAGCCAAUUCGCGGAAACACAAGGGCCAUUAUCAUAACGCUACCCACACCGGCAGUGCAGCAUCUGGGCCUUCUGGGGGCCUAGAGAAAUAUUCUCUCUCUUUUAUUGCUGGUCUUGCUGCUAUCGUCACCUUCCUGUUGUAAAAUAAUGUUAGGAGCAUACCUAUGGAGUAGGGAUAGUCUUUGGCCAUUUAUGCCAUAUUUUCAUUUUAUUUUUGAUUAUCUUGCCAUGUUAAAUUCUCUUGAAUGUUUCCUACGCUGGUUAACUAUGUAUAUAUUACCAUUGAUGGCUUUUGUAAUGCAUCAUAGUUCAACUUGAACAUUGAAAUGAGCAUCAGAAUUGGUUUAACUGAGGCAGCAGCAGAUCCUGCUCUCCUACCAACACCGAAUACCAAUAACUGCCAACAAAUAUCUACAUAAAAUAUCAUACAUAUGAG